AUGGCGGCACAGGUGGAGUCCGGCAUCGCGACUGCAUUGGUCACCAGGCGCUCCAGCUCCACAACAGCCCGCCAGGGUAUCGGCAGGCUAAUCCUCUUGGAGGGAAGAGGUCAGCGAGGCACCUGCCCAACUGCCCACCUCAAGGCGGGGGUUCAGACCCAUACAGCGCCCAAAGGACGGCAAAAGACGCCCCAUCAAGGACAUCCACCAUCAUCCAGGUCUAGUGGUCAGCGUUUCCUGAGUCGUUUUCUCGCGUUCCCUCCUCUCAUGGUGAACGGCGCUGAAGCUCGUCCCGCCGCUAGGCAUCGGGGACAAAGGCACAACCCACCUCACAAUGACAAUGCCCUUAUGAAUUUGAGUCCGUCCGUCGAUACCCGUCUGCCGCCUGCCGCUUGCCUACUCUGGGGUAUGGCGCCAUGCGAGCCAGGCCGCGCUGUUGCGGCCGAACUCCAGUGGGCCAACAUCCGGCACGUCUUCCUGUUGGGCCACAAGUCAUCACCGUAUCACAGUCACAUCAGAACCUGGUCAUCAGGCAUGUGUUGA